UCUUCCUUCGUCCUUCUUCCUUCUUUCUUUUUCCUUCUUACUUCUUCCUUCUUCUUUCUUCCUACGUCCUUCUUCCUUCUUCCGUUCUACUUCUUCCUCACUUCGCACUACUCACUUGUCACUCCCCAGUUUGCAUUCGGCCUAGUGACCAUUCGGCCUAAUGACCCAGCAUCGUCCGGGACUACACCUACACGAAGCACGUUUGUCGGGACUGUAAGCAAACCGGCCACAAAGAAGGGUAUUGUGGCAGCUACACAUCGAAGGCGGCACUCAAGAAGAAGCACGUGGACGGAAUUUUCUCCAUCAACCAGGUCAGCUGCACUUCUAGACGGAAGUUCCAAACGGUGGAUAUCAACGGGUCUCAAGUGACCAAUAACAGCAUCAACCUGAUCGGUCUGGACUGGAUCGAGCUGUUCAAGCUAUCUGCAAUAUGCAACCAGGUCCACGUUGCCGAUGGUCAAGUCAAUCAAAUCCAAGUGUACAAAGCUGCGUAUCCCGAAGUGUUCAAGAACGGCCUCGGACACUGCAAGAAGAUGAAGGUCCGACUCUAUCUCAAGCCCGAUGCCAAACCCGUUUUCAAGCCGCGCGCCCAGUUCCUUUCACGUCCAUGGAGAAGAUCGAUGCGGAGCUGGACCGACUUCAAUCGCUGGGCAUCAUCACGCCUGUCGAUUUUUCGCAGUGGGCGGCUCCGAUCGUCGUAGUGAAGAAGCCCGGAGGAAAAGUACGAAUCUGUGCCGAUUACUCAACUGGACUGAACGCUGCCCUGGAGGCCAACCAUUACCCGCUACCGGUCCCUGAUGACAUCUUUACCAAGCUCAAUAAGUGCCGAUAUUUCAGCGUCAUCGACCUGAGUGACGCCUAUCUUCAAGUGGAAGUUGACGACGACUCGAAGCAGCUGCUCACAAUCAACACGCAUCGAGGUCUCUUCCGCUUCAACCGGCUCGCACCAGGAGUAAAAUCCGCUCCCGGGGCCUUCCAGCAGUUGAUGAACAGCAUGGUUGCCGAUCUCGAAGGAGUGGACACGUUUCUGGACGACAUCUUCGUGGCCAGCAAAACCGAAGAGGAGCACCACAAGAUGCUCAACGCACUGUUUCAACGCCGUCAAGCCUACGGUUUCGUUCUGAGGGAAGAAAAGUGCAACAUUUCGCGCAUUGGCGCACAUCGUAGACGAGAACGGUCUCCGCUCAGACCCAUCCAAGGUGGAAGCUAUUGUCAAGAUGCCACCGCCCAAAGAUGUCACAACUCUACGGAGAUGCGGCAGCCACUCGACGCGCUGCUGAAGAAGGAUGCCAAAUUCGUUUGGAACAGCGAGUGCCAGAAAUCGUUCAGGCGCUUGAAGUACUCCAGUCGGAUUUGCUUCUGAUAUACUACGAUCCAUCACUAGACAUCAUAGUUGCUGCCGACGCCUCGUAGUCCGGAAUCGGUGCCUGCCUUCUACACAGGUUCCCCGAUGGCUCACUCAAAUCUGUUGCACACGCUUCCCGCUCACUCACACCCGCGUAGGCAAAACGGACAGAUCGAGAAGGAAGGUCUUGCACUGGUGUUUGCCGUAACGAAAUUCCAUCGGAUGCUGCUUGGACGCAAGUUCACCCUCCAGACGGAUCAUCAGCCACUCCUGCGGAUAUUCGGACAGAAGAAGGGUAUUCCGGUUCACAUGGCCAACCGCCUUCAACGUUGGGCCCUGACGCUGACCACAUUGCUGAUUUUGUGAAGAGAUGUGAAAGCUGUGUUGAAAAUUAUUAUUAUUAUUUAUUGAAAAUUACUUACGAAAAAUACUUACAAAAAUCGCAGGUUGAAGAGAGAAAACCGAGCAUUUGACAAGCAUAACAAAAACAACUAUGCUGUCAGUAAUGCACGGUGAGAGAAACACGCGGAAAAGUGACAGCGUCUUUAGUGUCUUUUCAGUUGUAUACCUAGGACUCCUACACACCGAUUGAGAAUUAAGCGCAACACGAGAAAAUCGCGAGUGUCGGAUCCCGGUAUUAGUCCCUGUAGAUACAUUUUCCUCAUGUGGCCCUUAUCAAUAGAAAGGACGCUACGCCCCGUCGAACUUCCAGUUUU